AACAAAACCAAAAGGAAAAGGCGCCUCCUCGUUUGAGGAGUUGGCGACGAAGACGACGACGGCGCCGGCGACUACUACAUCUCUUCUCCAUGGAUCCAUAUCAUUCUUCACGCACCAAUGGCGCCUCUUCGUCUGUCGAUGAGCUCGCCUCUUUUCUUCCUCUUCUUUUCGUUCUCGUUGUUCGGCGGCUCAGCGCCGACCGAUCUCGCUUCCGACCGUGCUGCUCUCCUCGCCUUCCGAGCCGCCGUCAGAGGUGCCACUCUCCGUUGGAACACUUCCGACCCCUCGCCGUGUUCCUGGGACGGGGUCACCUGUUCCGAUAGCCGCGUCACCGAGCUACGCCUCCCCGGCGCUGACCUCGUCGGUCGAAUCCCGCCCGGCACAGUUGGUAAUCUCACCGCUCUCACAGCCCUCAGCCUCCGUUACAACCUUCUCUUCGGAACUCUCCCGCAGGACUUCACCGCCCUCGCCGGACUCCAGUUGCUUCAUGUCCAGAACAACCGCUUCUCUGGCGAGAUCCCUCCUUCCAUCUUCGCUCUUCGUCAGCUCGUCCGCCUUAACCUAGAGGGUAAUUUAUUCCAUGGUUUAAUACCGCAGGAUUUCAACAAUCUCAUCACCAUAGAUGCGCUGCUGCUUGACCGCAACCGGCUGUCUGGCGAAAUCCCUGAUCUCCGGCUCCCUAAUCUCUUCAAGUUCAAUGUGUCAUUUAACUAUCUCAAGGGGCAAAUCCCGUCGAGCCUCCGCAGAAUGCCGGCUAGCUCCUUCGUUGGUAACUCCCUUUGCGGAGGACCGCUUGCCGCCUGCCCUAGCGAGAACUCCAUGCCGGCGGCGUUGUCACCGUUGGGUUCUACCCGAAAUUCCAUAAGACCCAUAGAGAGAAAGAAUUUCUCCCCAGGUGAAAUCGCUGGGAUCGCGAUUGGAGCGUCCGUCGGCUUCUUGAUCAUCCUGCUCCUCAUGGAGCUACGGAAAUUGAAACCAGAGGCGGAGAUGGGGCAGAGGGGUAAUCGAGACGCGCAAAACAAGAAGGCGGAGCUGCCGUCCGUGGCUGUCGUUCCCUUUCCAGUGUCGAUUGGGGUGGAUGGGGCAGGCCGGAAGCUGGUCUUCACAGGGAAGGUCCAAAGAAUCUACGACUUGGAGGACUUGCUUCGGGCGUCGGCGGAGGUACUUGGGAAAGGGACUACCGGCACGACGUACAAGGCGAUGCUGGAGAUGGGGACGGCGGUGGCGGUGAAGCGUCUCAGGGACGUCAAUCUCCCAGAAAAGGAGUUCCGCGAGAGAAUGGAUGCCAUCGGCGCCAUGGACCACCCCAACUUGGUCGCCCUCCAGGCCUACUACUACAGCAAAGACGAGAAGCUCUUGGUCUACGAAGUCGUACCCAACGGAAGCCUCUCCGCCCUCCUCCACGGUGAGCUCUCUUUUCCGUCCAUUAGGUGUUUGAAGAGAUGCCAAGCCUGGGUACUAACUUCUGUGGUGGCAGGAACCAAAGCAUCUGGUCGCGCUCCGUUGGAUUGGGAGACACGGUUGGAGAUUGCGCUGGGCGCAGCCCGCGGCGUCGAGUUCAUCCAUAUGAAAGGCUCUGGCUCCGCCCACGGCAACAUCAAGUCUUCCAACAUCGUCCUCUCCAAAACAUGCGCUUGCGUCUCCGACUGCGGCCUGAGCAGCCUAGGCUCCAUUUCAAUGCCCUCCCCUCGCGCCGCCGGGUACCGCGCGCCGGAGGUCACCGACGUGCGCAGGGUCUCGCAGAAGGCUGACGUCUACAGUUUCGGCGUGCUCCUAAUGGAGCUGCUCACGGCCAAAUCUCCGACGCAGGCGCCUCACGGCGACGACGGCGUCGACCUCCUGAGUCGGGUACGAUCUGUCCCCGCGGUGGACUGGAGCUCAGAGGUGUUCGACGUCGAACUGUCGAACCGUCAGGACGCCGAGCCGAUGGUGCAGCUGAUGCUGCUGGCAUUUGACUGCGCCGCACAGGUCCCCAACUCCCGCCCGUCGAUGUCGGAGGUCGUAGCCCGGAUCGAAGAGAUCGGCAUGAACUCUGGAAUAAUGAGAGACCACGUAUCGACGUGAUUUCCGGUAGCUGCUCCUCCAGUUCGUUUGUGUUGUGUGUCGAAGAUUUAUUUGAUUGUUGAUUAAAUCAACAAUUAGAUUUUAUUUAAGCUUUUCACUCUUAUCAAAAUGUCUUCUUUUUUUUUCCUUUUUUUUUUCUUUCUUUUGCUCCAGUUUCAUUUGAUUGUAUUUUUGUUUGGCUAUUUGUUUUU